AUGCUCGUGAGCGAUUUCCAGAAGGCAGACAGUGCUAGGCCACGCUACAAAGAUACUGACUCUUUUCUGAUGAAAAAUGCAAAAGUCAAGCUGUGUUUACAAGCCAGCCCGAUGAAUGGGGAUUUAUUGCUGGAGGACUGUAAUCCAGAGUCAGAUUUCCAGGACUGGUCUUGGCAAGGCGAUUCUUUGAUGAAUCACGGCACGCAGAGCUGCCUCUCCAUCAUGGGGACCGACAGAGUGCAGACAAGCCUCUGCGGCAGCGUGGGGUACACCAGCUGGGACUGCUCCAAUUCGCUGCUCUCUCCUCUGGGCAGCAGCCACGGCUACCUGGUGGCAAACAGGAAAGGAAUCGCUCUCGAUAACGUGAGAGGCCUCAAAGCCCAAUGGCAAGAUGCUGCAGACAGGAGCGUGUGCGAGGAGAAAGCCGCUGAUGCAGAGCAAGACCGGCACUUCCCUGCAGCCCUGGCCAGCACGCGCAUGUCUGAGCAGACGGCAGGCAACGCGACCCUUGCGCUGGGUAUAGAUCAAAAAGAGCUGGAGGACCUGCUCUGGUUCUUCCGCAGAGAAGACCCGUCAACGUGGAAUUACUCCAUCCUUGCACUUUCCUUCGUGGCCAUGAUUUUGGGUCUUGUCCUCUUGGCCAUUAAUAUUGUGCGAAACAGGAAAAGGAAGAUCGAUGUGUAUAAAGAAGCGAUGCAAACGGCGCAACAGGCUGAGCUGGAAGCCAAGCAAGCCCUGGUGCCUCUGCAGGAGUACAGCCCGCCCGAACCACGGAAGCAGGAGCCCCAGGAUCAGAGAUCGGGAGACGUGGUGGUGCAGUGGAAGGACGGGACUGUCACGUCUCUGUACGCAGAGAAGCCCGAGGAAGCUAUAUAA